AUGCAGCCAGCUGCUACCUAUGUGAAUUUGUCGAUCACAAGCAAUGCCUCGAAAAUGCAAUGCCAGAAGCGUUACCCUUCCGAUUUAACUCUAGGCCAGCUAAAAGAAAAGCUAGUCCUUGUUACCGGAUGUGACAAUCGAUCGAUGAAAAUCGAAAUGUUCACAGAAGAUGAGAAGUCCAAAGGCUGGCUGACAGAUGACCAUCAGACUUUGCACGCCUUAGGCGUCACCGAUGGCAUGCAUCUGCAUGUGACCGACCCAACUAUCGCAGAUGGAACGUUUGAUAAACUUGAGGAUGAAUCAGUAACGUACCAGAUAUCGAUGGAGGAAUAUGCCAAACGUCCUGAUAGCUUUUUGGCGUGGAAGAAAAAGAACAAACUGUGCGAGUUUCGCGAGGUCGACCCCGAGGAAGUGAGGCGAGAGGAAGAAGAACGCCAGAGGAAAGAGAUGGAAGAAAAGGAAAAAGCCGAAUCACUGCCAGUUGGUUCUCGCUGCGAAGUUCGCGUACCUUCACAGCCUAUCAAGCGCGGCAAAAUUGCAUUUGUUGGUAAAACCCAUUUCAAACCUGGAUAUUGGGUCGGUGUGCAGUAUGACGAGCCUUUGGGGAGGAAUGAUGGCAGCGUCGAUGGAAAGAGAUACUUUGAAUGCCCAGACCGAUACGGCGCGUUCGUCAAACCCCAGUGCGUGACCGCAGGUGACUUUCCAGAAUUCGGCAUUGAUGAAUUGGACGAAAUCUGAUCGACGUGAUUUCUACCAGGGUCGCUGAUCCGCCCCCUUUUACGAUCUACUCUACAUACCAAGCACGAAACCAAUUCCAGCGGUUCAUUAUUCUGUGAUUAUUGAUAAUAAGGAAACAAG